AGGGGCCCACUCUCUUACUUUCUUCUCUGCAACAAAAGUCGAGCCGCAAAUUUCUUUGACGCGGCGCGUCUUUCUACUCUGCUCUUUUUAUUCUCUUCCUGGUUCGCCUCUAGAAUCUGGAGCUCCCUGAGCUCAAAAGCGCCGUUGGCUCUUCAACGGACCCGCCCUCUCUCCCGAUACCAAUACACUUACCUUACGCCUACACAACACUCGCCCACCAUGGCGUGGUCCAAGUCGACGCGCAUUGGCAUUAUGCUGGCCAUCGACGUCGUCUUCUUCAUCACCGAAUUGACAGUCGGAUUGCUUGUCAAAUCACUUGCGCUCCUCGCCGAUGCCUUCCACAUGCUCAACGAUAUCAUCUCCCUCUGCGUCGGACUCUGGGCUGUUGCGGUCGUGAGCAAGGCCACCACUGACAAGUACUCGUACGGCUGGCUGCGAGCCGAGAUUCUCGGUGCCUUCUUCAACGCCGUCUUCCUGAUCGCGCUCUGCGUGUCCAUCCUGCUGGAGGCCAUCUCCCGAUUCUUCGACCCUCCCGACAUCCAGAACCCCCAGCUCAUCCUCAUUGUCGGCUCCAUUGGCCUCGCCUCCAACCUGAUCGGAUUCUUGGUGCUGGGAGGCCACGGCCACGAUCACGGGCAUGGAGAUCACGACUACGACCACGACCACGGCGAACACGACCACUCGCACUCUCACGAGCAUGCGGCCGAAGAAGGCCGUGUUACAGCCACCGACCGCAACAACUUCGCGAUCAGCAACGACGACGGUCCCGCUAUCGAUGUCCUGCCCGAGUUCGCUGUCGCCAGGGCUACCGAGGGCGCGCCGACCACUCCCCGCCGCAUCAGGUUUGACAGCGAAUCCGAGUCUCCCAACAACCGCGGCUCCAGUAACACCAGGGGAUGCGAGAGGGAGCGCCGCAGGGCUAGCAGCCUGCGCCACUCGCGCCUCACGAGCAUCGACGACAUCGGCAUCUACCCUUCCAGCUUCAGACAGGAGAUUAUCGACGCGAGCAGGCCCAGGUCCAAGAACCUCGACGGCACCACCGACGAGAGCGACGCCGAGGACAGCCCCGUCCAAGACGGCGAGACGAGCGAAAACACCCCGCUCCUGAACGACGGCAACGGCAACACGAGCUACAAGAGCACCUCCCGUCACCGUUCGUUCAACGGCCGCCCUCGGAGAGACUCGAGCCUGCAAUGCGAGCACAACCACAACAAGCCCCAGGAUGGCAAGAAGGGUGGCUACGGCCAUAGCCACGGCGAUAUGGGACUGAACGGCCUGAUUCUCCAUGUCAUCGGCGACGCGCUCGGCAACAUCGGUAUGUAUGCCGACCCCGCCGUGUCGCUCUUCAUCACCCUCAUCAUUCUGAAGUCGGCUCUCCCCCUCACCUUCGCCACCUCCAAGAUUCUGCUCCAGGCCACGCCGGACCACAUCGAUCUUCAGGACAUUCGCGAGGACAUCGAGGCCCUGCCCGGUGUCGUCAGCUGCCACCACGUUCACAUCUGGCAACUCUCUGACACCAAGAUCGUUGGCUCCAUGCACGUUCAAGUUAGUUUCCCGAUCUCGGCCGAGGGUGGCGAGAAGUACAUGGUCCUGGCCAAGCGCGCACGUAAGUGCCUCCACGCCAACGGCAUCCACAGCGCCACGAUCCAGCCCGAGUUCCUCUCGAGCGCCGAGCACGCGCUCGUCGAGGAUUCAACCGCCCUGAAGCUGGAUGGCGCCGGAGACCACGUCGUCGUCAGGAAGACGUCGUGCCUCCUCGAGUGUGUCGAGGACUGCGUCGGCAAGGGCUGCUGCUCCACGGGCACCACCGUCGCGGGCUCCAGCCCGCAGAGCCACCACAGCCAUAGCCCCAGCGAGUCGCCGCACUGGCACUAG